GGUGUUAGACUGAGUAACAAACAUGAAUAUCUCCAGGGUUCUGUUUGCGGUGGUCCUGGUACUAACUGUUUCCACCUAUGAAUGCAGGCCACGUGGGCGUAUUCUAGGUGGGCAAGAUUCAAAGGAAAAAACCUGGCCUUUUAUGGCAUCUAUUCAGAAGAAUGAGGUCCACCAAUGUGGGGGGGUCCUUAUUUCUGAUAAAUGGGUGCUGAGUGCAGCACACUGUGCUACUGACAGCAAUAAUUCAUCACUGCAUGUGAUGCUUGGCGCCAUCUCUCUCACCAAACCAGAGCAAUACAAAAUAGUUUUAAAGGUGGAAAGGGAGAUCCCUCACCCUCUGUACAAUUCUACCAAAAAGCAUCAUGAUCUUCUCCUGCUAGAGCUAUCUGAAAAAGUAACAUUAAGCGAAGCUGUGAAGCCCCUGCCUUUUGAAACUGAAAAUAUUGACAUCCCUGAUGGAAAACGAUGCCUAGUCGCAGGUUGGGGACAGAUGAAAUCAACUGGAAAGAAGCCAGACACUUUGCAAGAAUUAUGGAUCCCCGUGAUUAGCAGGGAUGUCUGUAAUCGCCGGAACUACUAUGAUAAUGAAAUUACCCCAAAUAUGAUAUGUGCUAUAGAAGCCAAGAAGGACUCAUGUGAGGGAGACUCCGGGGGACCUCUAGUAUGUGAUGGAAUAGCAGUGGCUAUUGUACAGGGCGGAUAUCGUAGAUGUGGCCUAUCGAAGAAGCCAGGCAUCUACACACUCAUUGCACCUUACAAAUCCUGGAUAAUGGAAACCAUGUAUAAUGCUACUCUACUCCCAUCCCCUUUGUGAAACCAUAAGUGGUAAGCCUGUAGCAACACGAUAAUCUUCUAAUAAAUGAUGCACUGCUUCCAGCAGUUAAUUCUGUAAAGGAGAUCAAAAGUUUUUUCAUUUGUUUCUCAAAACAAAGUGUAAUGUAUGGCACAAUAAAAUCCUUUUGCAAAAA